AUGAUGUCCCUGGGUGCAGGGAACGAGACAGGCUUCAAGAUUCUUCAAGGCCUUGGUUUCGACCUCAGUCAGAUCUCCAAGCAAGAAAUCCAUGAGAAUUUCCAACAAAUUUACAAACUCCUUGAGCAGUCAAACAAUAGCUUAGACAUGAUAAUGGGAAAUACACUGUUCUUCAAGAAAAGCCUAAAACUUCUGGAUUUGCCCUCAGAUAACCUCACAUACUACUAUGGGUUAGAGAAAGUGCCUAUAAAUGUCAGAAACUGGACCAGAGGUAGCAAUCAAAUCAAUGAGUAUAUCAAGAAUAAGACACACGGAGGAAUCUCAGACUUGCUCUUAAAGCUGAAGUACCCAGCCAACCUUGCCCUGGUCAACUACAUCUUCUUCACAGGCCCCUGGAUACAAGGCUUUGACCCAGAAAAUACCAAGGAGCAGAACUUCAUUGUGGAUGACCAGACCAUAGUGAAGGUGCCCAUGAUGUUCCAGUCAAGGAUCUUCAACUUCCUGUAUGACCCAAUACUGCAGUGCUUCGUGGUCGAGUUGACCUCCAUGGGCAAAAAUAAAAUGCUCUUGGUCCUUUCAAACAGAGAGGAGAUUGGCACAGUUAUCAAUAGGCUGAGCCAUGAGACCCUAUAUAGGUGGUCCCAAUCCAUCAUCACCAGCUAUCUGGACCUCUAUGUCCCCAAACUCUCCCUUUCUGGCAUCUGUGACCUUGGGGACAUCAUGAAGGGCAUGGGCAUAGCAGACCUGAAGAGGACGAAAACAAACCUGGCCGGCCUCACUGGCAGUGCCAUGAGGAAGUUGUCCAAGGUACUGCAUAUGACCAAGCUGGAGAUCACUGAGCAAGUUACAGAGCAAGAUGUCCCCACAGAUGAUACCCUGUACAGGAACCGCAGGCCUAUGAUUCUCCGAUUUGAUCAGCCUUUCCUCCUCAUGAUCUUCGACACAGACACAUGGAACAUUCUUUUCCUGGGCAAAGUGAUUUAUCCAGUCUAA